UCUCGGGCUUUCACACGAGCGUAGCGUCUCCUACCCGUCUCUCGAUUUCUCUCUCUCUCCCUCGUGUUGCCGCCGCGGUUACCGUCACUAAGAGAUAGACGGGGGUUCUGGCAGAUGAUGCUGCAGCGUCUGCUUUCAUUAGCAUGAGAUUUUCUGCUCGGAACACUGCUGAAUACAGAGACGAGGAUCGGAUGUGAAAAGAGGAUCUCUGCGUCAGGAAUCAGAGCGAGAUCAGAUGAACGCCAGAUCUGGAUGUCUGUCUUGAGUUGGAUCUCAUGGCUGUGUUUUGUUGUUUUCUGACUCGUUCAUCUCUUUUCUCCGCCGGUUCAUCUCUUCUGGAGGUCCAUCAGCAGCACUCGUCUGUCACAGGAUGGCGUUUGUGUUUCUCUUCAAACCAGUCUUCUGGACUUUAGAUGGAUGAUCGUGUCAGCCCAUCAGAUCCAGAAGAUCUUUUUCUAAUAUUCACUGUUUAAAUUGAUGGGAUGGUUUUUUGGAGUUGGGGAUUGAAGCUUGUGUUUGGCUGCCAUUGGAGUUGGAUUUUUUUACCUCUUUGAUUAUGUUUUUGUACUCCAGGUUUUUGAGUGUUUACAGUUUUUCGGGAUUAUAAAUAAUCCACAUCUUUCUCUGGUCGAGGAGGGAAUCUGUGGGAGUCAUGGGUACCGCUUCUGUUUGAUAUGUUUUGCUGUUUUUGUCAUGUGAGGAGGCGUGGCAUGGAAGUCCCGCCCCCUUUCUCCUCUGCCCUCAGGGCAUUGUUUGUGUGGAGCGGGUCAGCGGUGUACCCGCCCGCUCCGGCCCGGGUCAUUUGGCCCAACGUGUCGGGUGUAUGGCGGUGGAUUCUCUCGCUGGCGCUGCUGGUCUCUCCGGGUCCGGCGGUUUCUGCUCGAGUCUCAUCCAGUCUCAGCACAACACAUCACGUUCAUCAUUUCCACAACAAACAUGGCACAGUGCCCAUCGCCAUUAACCGCAUGCCCUUCCUCACGCGCGGGAGUCACGCUGGGACGACGUAUAUCUUCGGUCGUGGAGGAGCCCUCAUCACAUACACGUGGCCACCGAACGACCGGCCGAGCACGCGGGCAGACCGGCUGGCGGUGGGCUUCAGUACUCAGCUCAAAGAAGCUGUGCUGGUGCGGGUGGAGAGCGCUAAGGGUCUCGGGGACUAUCUGGAGCUUCACAUAGAGCGAGGGAGGGUCGGGGUUAUAUUUAACGUGGGGACGGAUGACAUCAUCAUCGAGGAGAGUGGCGUGAUGGUGAGUGAUGGGAAAUAUCACGUGGUGAGAUUCACGCGGAGCGGAGGAAACGCCACACUGCAGGUGGACAAUCUGCCGAUCCUGGAGAGAUUUCCCUCAGGGAACUUUGAUAAUGAACGGCUGGCUAUUGCUAGACAAAGAAUCCCGUACCGACUCGGUCGGGUAGUAGACGAGUGGCUACUCGACAAAGGUCGGCAGCUGACCAUCUUUAACAGCCAGGCAUUCAUUAAAGUGGGCGGUGGUGAGAAGGGUCGUCAUUUUCAGGGUCAGAUCUCGGGUCUCUAUUAUAACGGCCUGCAGGUGCUGAAGCUGGCCGCCGAGAGCGACUCUAACAUACAGGUGCACGGAAACCUGCGUCUGGUGGGAGACGUGCCGUCUGUCAUGACCACCGACACCACGUCCACCACCCCGCUCGCAGACAUGUCCACCACCAUCAUGGAGACCACCACUACCAUGGCAACCACCACCACACGCAAACAACGCUCACCCACCAUGAGAGACAAUGUUACUCAGGUGAGGAAUACUGAUGAGCUGUUAGUGGCGUCUGCAGAAUGUCCAAGUGAUGAUGAAGAUCUUGAGGAGUGUGAGCCUGGAAAUGGAGGCGAACUCGUGUUGCCCAUUAUAACCGUGGAUUCCCUUGAGCUCCCGUCAAUAGCAACACGUUACCCUGUUAUACCCCCGCCCCCCACCUAUCGCCCCUUCCUCACCCUGCUCGAGACCACCAGAGAUUCUCUGCCCCUGCCCGCUCGCCCCCGCUGUCCGUCGGACCAGGAGGACUGCGAGGAAGCCGCGGAGGUGUCGGCCUACGGUUCGGGCGAGAUGACGGACGACGAGGAUUAUUAUAAAAACUCGCCCCUCGUCACUGACAGGACGGUGCUCCCCCCUCCCCCUGCGGGCGACCGCCACUUGUCCCGUCCGCCCGACGCACACCUGCCGUCACACCCCUUCAUCCCCACGUCGCCCCCGGAACAGCCCGUUUCCCGCCUUAAACCCGCCGGCCCCAACAUCCCGGCGGGUAAAAUGAACACCCGUGACCAGGUGUUGCUGCCGCCCGUCCAGCCGUCGGGCGACCCCGAGCGCGGCGGGCGGCAUCGACACCCGGGAAUAACGUAUCCUCCCGAUUUCCCCCGUGUGCCUGCUACAGAGCCGUCAUCGCCGGAGAGAGGCCCGCCAGGAGCGGUGGAGGUGAUCCGGGAGUCCAGCAGCACCACGGGAAUGGUGGUGGGCAUCGUGGCCGCGGCGGCCCUCUGCAUCCUCAUCCUGUUGUACGCCAUGUACAAGUACCGCAACCGCGACGAGGGCUCAUACCAGGUGGACCAGAGUCGCAACUACAUCAGCAAUUCGGCCACGCAAAGCAACGGCACUCUAGUUAAAGAGAAGCAGCCCGGAGCUGCCAAAAGCAGCACCAAGAGCAAGAAAAACAAGGACAAAGAGUAUUACGUCUGAGCGUGCUCCAGAGAGACGGAGGCCGAGGGGAGAGAGAACGAGAGAGAGAGAGAGCUUGAGGAUGGCAGUUUACAUGCUGAUGUGAAUCUUCUAUCAUUUCCCAUCCGGAUCUAACAAACGCCGCGUUUCUCACCUUUCAUGUUUCUGCCUUUUGUACCGUUUCAUCUCAUUCCUCUGGUUUGUUCUUUGUAAAUACGACGCGAGUCGCUUCCUCACCCGAUGUCGAAACUCCAGCGUACGCAGUCUUGCGCUGUGAAUCUUUUGACAAAUUGGUUUGGGUGACAUUUCGAGAUUGUCAAACUCAUCAGUAAAGCUGCCAAACCCACUCGCUGUCAAAUCCGUCUCUCUCGAGUGUCGUUCCCUCCCGUCUCCCCCCGUCUCCUUGUCCUUGGUGCUCAGGAGCAGAUGCAACGUCAUUCUGUUGUGUUUCCAGCAUGUGCUAUUCAACAUGAAAAGAGACUAAAAACUGUUUCAGUGGAGUCAAACCAGUUAAUCUAUAUAUCAACAAAUUACAACUAGCAAAACUUGAGAACUACUAAACAUCUGCGGAUGACUCGGAUGAUGUUCAUCGCGCACGCGAUCUUGGUUUAAGCACGUGAGGAACGUGUCCAGCGCUUUCAGAGAGAAACUGUUACACGCAGACGGACCUCACGACAGAUCUGAUGUAUGAACAAACAUCUGAUGCUCAAAGCCUCGAAACCAGAAGCACACAGACUGUGGAGUGCUACAUUUCUUUUGUUUGUGUGUUUUAUUUAGUCAUAAUGAAAAGGGAAUAAUGACAGUAAUGUUCUGGUUAAUGUGCAUCAUUCUCUCUCUGUGGAAACACAGGAGGAAAGAAAGAAAUAGAUGUAAACUUGGAGAGGAACAAACUCUCGUGAAAAGAAUUUCAGCCGUUCCUCAGAAGAACUCUUGAGCUCUAGUAUUCUAUUAAAAGAACUAAACUUCCACUGAAAUGUUUCAAAGCGUUUGUGAAAUGUCUAAAUAUUUGAAUCUCAUCCCAGUGCUAAAAGAGACACGUGUGUUUUUCAAAUGAUCAUCCCUGACAAAAUAAGAAUGACCGUGAAUCAGAAAGCAGAUGUGAUUUGUUUUUCUUUCAACAUCCGUGUGUGUCCUUCAUCUGAACAACUGAGUGUCUCUUCUCAUCUUCUUGUGUGUGUGUGUGUGUGUGUGUUUCAUUCUUUCUGUUCCGUCAUUCACAUUGAGUUUCUCCUCAGCGCUCGGCCCUGUUCUUCUUCAAUGUUAUUGUAAAGUGUUUCAGUGAGAUGAAUCUGCAUAGGUGUAUAUUAACAGGAGGGAAUACAAUUGGUUAUAUACUUCUUA